GACAAUUGCCGAGAGUUUGUUUUCUAGUUUUCUGAGUUUCUGAUCAGUCCUAUGACAGCUUUAUGAUGCAGCCAACCAAUUUCGAAACUGUUCAAUGUCAGCUUUAGGGAGCAGGUCGAAAGUUACAAAUUCUGAUAGGCAUAAAAGCCUUCCGAUUAAUUCUGCGUAUUUAUAUGGUAGUCACCUUCCGCAAGCCCUCGGUGCUCAGUUCAUCCAAGGAAACGUACUUAGUUUUGGCAGAUUCAUGUUGAAAAUUUGAACUGGAAAUCAAAAUUUGUUUCGGCAAUACUCUAUUUUAAUUUUUGCAGAUCUAAAACAGAAAAUCCCAAAUUAUUUGUACAUGUUUUAGACAUUUGGAACCGUAAGCCGAUGAUGCCGUUCAACACACCGGAACAAAACCAUGGCUCUCGGUUGCCCAAAAGCGAAACGAGCGCCACGUACCUCAGCUUCACGGAUCUGUGCAGAAAAUUCGACAGUCCUUUGACGGGGCCCAGCUGCGACCGUUGGAAAUUCUGCGAGAAGGUUAGCAAUCGCUCUGAUGGGGAUGUCCAUCCCCGCGGCGGCCCUCCUGAGCAGGAGGAGGAGGUGAUUGACAGAAACUUGGCCACCUACCUGAAAGCAUUUGCCUUGAUUUAUAUCUUGCCGGAGGUAGACUGGACUGCGGAGAAGAUUGACAUGUUGCUAGCGGAGGGUACGGAUUUAUUCCGGGAUAGCUCGGAAUCGGAUGACGAUCAGGGGGAAAACGAGAUCUCCCAGCGCCAGAUUUAUUCCGAUGAGAAGCGGAUCAAAAGGAAAUUCAAUCUUGAGGGGCACACCUUUACUUUGUCUUUGGAACCUCGUUACGUCGAGGAAGCAGAUAGGCAGUAUUCCAAGUGCACCAUCAAGAACUUAAGGCCCCAUCUCCAGAAAUUCUUCACGUCCAGCCGGUAUUGCUUACUUCUCACCCGAGUGGGUAACCUGCUCAUUUGGCGCCGCAGACAAGUGUACUUUGUGAUGAACGUCAAGGGGAAACAAAGGAAUAAGGAUAUGGGGCUGACCAUAAUAGUGUGCGUGCAAACCAUCGAUCAUGUGGUUAAAAAGGCCAGGAAAUUGAGUGGAAUAACACCCAAGGAUGAGUUUAGUAUUCGCGAGCUGGUGGUGGUGCACUUGGAGACACCGGAUGGACGCGUUUAUAUACGGGACUCCAGCUACCGACCUAUCGAGCUUAAGGGGGCGCACAAGAGCUAUGCGUUUCUAAAGGCCACUCUCCAUCUAUCUCUAACCCAAAAUGAUUCUGUGAUAAGCCGCAGCAGUCUGAUGGUGGCCGUGGGCUCAAUCCUGGCCAGCAAAGUUUAUCGCCCUUCGAACUGGGACACCAAAAUGCUAGACCGAUUAGUUUGCUACGGAAUGGAGUUAAGCCGUAGCUGUUGGUCGAAUUGCUUGAGGGAUCAGCGACCCAUUGACCUAGAUACGUUUCCUACCCAACUGCGACUGGGGCAGUUCGUCAUGGAACUUAAGCUAUUACCCAAUGUGAAAACGGGCCACUGGAAGUGCGGUGAUUGCAUCAAUGGCUCGAGUUUCGAGACUCACAUCAAAGAGGCCUUCAUGAAGUACAGCAACGUGGUCUUCCAGAUAAACAAUCAGAUGUAUGCCAUGUGGGCCAAAGAUGACUUCUACUACCUCCUCGAUCCCUACCAGCACUCUGUCAUGGGCUCCCGCACGGAGAAAGACAAGCUUGAGGGCGCUAAGUGGGCCACGCUUCGCAUGUUUCGCGAUCAGCUCACCCUUCUUAGCGUGUUUCACCAAGUGCUCAAGGAGUCGAACCAGCAAUCGGCCUACUAUCUGCAUGUGGUACGUAUACGUAAUCUCGCCGAGUGCCCUGAGGGCUUCGCCUUGGCUCCCUUGCCCGAGGAGGUGGAUACCCUCGAUGUUGUGUCCCUGAAUGAGUCCAUAUUGUUCAACGACCAACCAGGAGUGAAUGUGUCCGAAAAAUUCCUGAAAGAAAUCAGCACCUACGAAGAAGAAGAGAGGUUACGGAUUUUGUUGGAGCGACAGAAUGCAGAAGAAAUGGAAGCCAAGAAAAACGCCAUUCUUGCUACAAAAACCCUCAAACCAAAAACAAAAAGUGUACGAAAAGUAAAACGCUGCCAAAAUGUUAAGAAAUCUACGACUUCGGUUGAGCAGCCAAAGAAAACGGAGACAAGGUCCCUCGCAGAACGUAAAAAGUCUGUAAUCGUUGUUGAGGAGCCAGAAAAAAGACGUAUAAAUAGAAAACUGGGGGGGAGGGCGUCUAAAAAUCCCCCAAGGUCUGAAGCUUCAACUACAUUCAGCAGGCAAAAAGGCGGCGGCUCCCCCGCCAACCCGCCCAGUUCCGGCCCUGGCAGGGUUCCAAAAGUCAAGUCCUCUACAAAGGAAUUAGCUGUCUUAAAAUUAGGAGAUCUCAGCUUCAAGGCAUCAGAACUAAGAAUACUAACCAGGGAAGGAUACUCGAUCCACAAAGAUGACCUUAUAGAGCAGCUAGGCGCAACGUCCUCGCAAAAGGCCAUAAAAGAUACUCCCGGGCCCUCGAAUACACUUGGAGAGGCAUUGAACAAUGAAGAACUCAUUGUACCUUCAAGAAGAACCCAGUCUUUGCUUCGUUUUCCGGGCUUCAAUCGGGUGCCACAGCUCCUGGCCGUCGCUGGCUCCGAGAGCGGAAACAUGGAGAGUUUAAAGCGGAUGCUGUUCACCGCUUUCAAGGUGGCCAACAGGGUCUUUACAAUGACGCCGUGGGGCAACUACGUGAUCUUCCGGCAUACUCCAAAUUCCACUGUGGAGUCUGCAGCCUCGUGGUUCUAUCUGUUUGACGGCUGUACAUGCGACAUCGAUCGAUUCCGUCACUUGGAUCUCACGAAAGGUACCGCCGGAUUAGUUGCUUUUCGAAAGCUUUCGGAUGCGGUAUGUCACAUAAUAGACUUGGGGGAGAAAAGGGCUGGGCAACUGGUCAAAGAAAGACGAACUGCUUCAAAGUGAUGCUAAAACUAACAUCUGCAUCUCCCUUUUCACUCUCUUAGUUAACAGAUGGCCAAUAAAAAAAAUUCUUAAUUUAAA